GAGGGAGUAUUAAUAGGGCUACAUCUGGUUCAUAUUCACUUACAAAACUGCUCUUGUGUUUCCUUCAUAAACGCCAGUGUCAAAUUCGCUCUGAUCCCAUUUCUGUGCAGAAGCCCGGAUGGAGUGCUGCGAGGUGGAGCCGCGCUACACCCUGGAGCAGAUCGACCUCCUGCAGCGCCUGCGUCUCUCCGGCAUGACCAAGCCUCAGAUCCUGCACGCGCUGGAGUCCCUGGAGAGGCUGGACUCGGACCACCGCCCGCCCUCAAACUGUGACUCCCAGCCCACCCCCUCCACCACCACCAACAACAACAACAGCAACAACAACACCACCACCACAGCUGUUCCGGCUCCUUCCUCUUCCUCGUCUUCCGCCUCCUCGCUGUCCCUCGCCUCGGCCACCACGCAGACCUCCGGGCUGGACGGAGCAGCGUUGUCCCCCAGUAACAGCUACGAGGCCUCCCCCCCACCUCUCUACCCCCCCAGUGUGGCGGUGCAACGCUCGUUCAGCUACGACAUGAUGGGCGAGGAGGAGUGGGACCUGGAGGAGAAGGUGGAAGAGUACAUGAGGAGAGACAGCAACCUGGUGAAGGAGGAGAUCAAAACGUUCCUCAACAACCGCAGGAUCUCUCAGGCCAUCGUGGGCCAGGUGACAGGCAUCAGCCAGAGCUACAUCUCCCAGUGGCUGCUGCAGCAGGGCCUGGAGAUGAGCGACUCCAAACGCAGAGCCUUCUACCGCUGGUACCUGCUGGAGAGGAACAACCCAGGGCUGAGGUGGAGUGAAAGCCAGCACAGCGUGAGUCCCAUGUCCAGGACCAGGGGGGGGGACAGAGACGGGACGGUAGCAGGGGCAAGUGGCAGCCUCCCCAACCCCAACACCAACCUCAACCCCAACCCCCCCCCGUGUGGAGCAGGCAGAGAGAGCUGCUGAUGCACCUGCUGCCGUGGUACACUGCUGCUGCCGCCGCCGCCCAAUCACA